GUAAGAUUUACUUGUGGUGAUGUCUUACUAUAAACAGAGGUAGAAACUUCUUUAGAUAAUGAAGUUCGCAGUCUAAUCAAUGACCUGAUAUACGCACAUUCCAACUCUUUAAAUAUGUCAUCCAUAUCUAGUACUAUAACCAGCGUCACAUGGUAUGACUUCUGACAAGCGAUCGUAUGAAACAACAGUAGAUCUUAAUUCCAAUAAUUAUAAUGGAGUUCUUUCUUGAUUAUCCUCUAGGUGUUGACAGCGAAGUCCGUCGCUUACAGGACGAGAACGAAUCUUUAAAAAGGUAGACUCCUCAAUACACUUAUGUUCUUAGAUCGUUAAGGCAUAUGGAGGAUGUCAUGAAAGGCAAAGAAAUGGAGACAUGCGGUUUGCGUCGCCAAGUACAAAGCUUUUCUUCUGGGGGAGCUAUGUGCACUGUAUGCUCCCGAACAGCCAAUGUCACAGCUGACUUGUCGGGUGCUGAGAGAUGCAAAACAAAGUCCAUCUUAAAUCAUAAACGUCCUCAUUUGAAUACUUCAGCAUCAAAUGGUGCAUCCGUUUCGACCUCGAGCAGCAGUAUCAAGCAACCAAUCAAGAAACGCCCAUGUGUCCAAGACACUGUGACGGAGAGUAUCCUGGACAACCAUGUCAACACAACACCUACUGCUAUCAAUGGGAAAUCUGUAAACUAUAGUCCACAGAACACAUCAACUUCACUAUCUAGUACAAAUGGAACAUUAAAUAAAGCUCAAUCCAAAGACAGUAUUACUGCUCAUUCAAAUUGUCUUCCUAUGUCUAAUUCAGAUCAAAACGAUGAUCAAUUUUUAUAUAAUCAAAUUCAAGAUGAUAUACUCAUUAAAAUAUUGAAUACAAUACAACAGUUAACGGCUAAACUUGAUGCUGAUGCUAAUCCACCAGAGGUAAUCCAAAAUUGUCGUGCAAUUCAAGCCUGUUUAGAUACAAUUAAUGCAAUAAAAAGAGUAAAAUCAAAUCGAUCCGAUGAUGAGUGUAGUAGAUCAGAAGUAUCAUUAGCCUCAUACAAUUCACAUUUUACACAUCAUUUAAAUUCACUAAGUACUAAUUAUUCUAUACAACAGCACAAUGGAUUCUCAUCAUCAUCAUCAUUAUCACCACCACCACCACAACAACAACAGCCCAGUGUUAUUCAACCUUUAUAAAAAAUUUAUUUUUCUAUUUAUACUACGGUUUUCGUUAGUAGCAGUAUUUGUAUCAUUAAUUUUAUUUCCCAAAAAUACCAUGUACGUUCGGUUUUUAAAAUAAUAAUAAUAAUAAUAUUUACGGAUUCUGAUUAUUUUCAUGGAUUUUGUUUUACUUGCUAUGUGUGUAAUCUUAAGUAUGUAGAGCCGUUAUUGAUGUUUACACAAAUAAGCAAGCACUAUUCAGUUUUCUUUUCAUUAUUCCAUAUUACCAUUUCGUAUUUAAAUGCUGCAUUAAACAAAGAAAUUAAAUAGAAUUCUAUGAAACAAUGCUCUCAAUAUCAUACAUACAUAUAUAUAUUAAUGGAAACCGGUGAAGUUUUAAAUUGUAUGAAGUUAACAGUAUUUCUCUCUAAUCCCUUUAUAACGUGUGAAUUAUAGUCGACAAAUGGUGUUGUUAUCUUUGUUUGUCUAAUGACAAAAAGUGAUUUUCAUGCUUAGUUUUGUUACUUGCUUAAUAAUAAUACAAUGCGUAUCAUUUUAUUUUUUAUAGUUUUUUAAAAUGAAUUUAUAUUUU